AUGAACAACCAUUCAGCAGAAGGGCAUUUAUUUCACAAUAAUAAUUCUUUAAUUAAUUUAAAUAAUUCCUCAAAUUUUGAACAUAAUAAUACUUUAAAUAAUAAUUUUACUUUAACUUCAAAUGAUACGUCUAGUAAAAGCAAUUUAUGGGAAUGUACAGAAAUGAUAUAUUAUAGAUGGUCUGGGAAUCAUUGGUUAAUGGGUGUUGGUUAUUUACCUAUUUUGUUUGUUGGAUUAAUUUCUGACAUGAUUUCUAUUCGCGUAUUUUCAGCAAAAUCAAUGAGAACCAGACAAAUAAAUUUAUACCUUUUGCUAAUUUCUAUAACGGAUAUGCUUAUCCUUUUGGAUACAACGGUUUCUUUUACAGCUGUCGGAUUUGGUUAUUUGAUAAAAUGGAAAUGGCUAUGAA